AUGGCGUUGUUGAUCGGUCUAUCCGUUUCAGUGGCUCACGCGGCAGACGUUAACUCGGUCAUCUGCUCAGAACGGGCCAGCGCCGAGCGUCUCUUUGGUGUCAUCAUGGAGUUGCCAUCCGUUCAAGCCGACGCGGACAUGUCGGCUUUUGAAUCUGCCUAUCGGGAAGAGGUGGAGGCGGGUCGCUGUGUGGCCGGCGACUUUUCGGCGACCGGUGCCGAUCUCGUCAGGCAUCCUGAGGGCGGCGCGUACUUCGGCAUCGUUGAUCUCGGCGAUGAAGGGUACGGUAUUGAGUUUGAUCUGGCGUUCUUCGGAGCGCUGACAAGGUUCGGCAUAGCAUCGGCGGUUUGCGCCAUCUUCGGCUCGGUGGUGCUGGCCGCCUGCUCCACCACAGAGCGGCCCGGCACCACCGCGCCGGUGAUCUCAUUUGCAGACCUUGAACCUGGCGACCGCAUCCGGCGGACCUUCGAUGCGGGCACACGAAACACGCCGGUCGUCAACACCAACCGCUGUGCCGCCGCGCUGUGUGUGGGCCGUUCUUCCGUUGUGGAACGCAGUGCCAACGUCAUGCGGACUGAGUUCUUGGCGGACAACGGCGAACGGGUCGUGGUGACAUACACCGCUGACGGUCGGUUUCAGGUGAACUUCUACGGUGGCGGACGGGACGAUCUGGUUGAUCGGGGCCGGUUCCGGAUUGUGAAAGGGACAACGAUGCGGAUGACUCAGACCGGGCUCUUGGCUCUCGUGAUCAUGGUACUGGCGGCGUGCACCACCGCUGGCACCGCGGAUCGCACCCAGCUUUCAGCGGACGAGGUGCGGUCCACGUUCAUCGGCGUGCCGUGGCGAAGCCCCAAUGGCCGCUUCCUCUUUCAGCGCGACGGCACCUAUACCUAUGUGCGCAAUGAUGGGCGGCGGGGCGGCCCGUGGGCAUACACGCUGCGCGCUGAUGGGGUCAUAGAAGGCGCGACCACCAACUACUCCUUCUUUCGCCGACAAAGCGGCUCUUAUUUGAGCUUGUUUUGGCUCCGCCUCGGCGUCCGAUCGCGCUUUCUUGUGACGGUUUUGGCCAUCGCGUCGCUGCUGACCACCGGCACCACAACGCUGGCGUCUUCACGGCUGGUACAGCACUUUUGGGGGUCAGAACCGCGCUGCGUUUCCGCUGCUCCGAUCCCGGUCAUACUGGUUGCUGACCUGACCCUGACCGGCGAGAUUGACGACAGCAUCUCGGUCUUCCUGUACCGCCAGUUGGAACGGAUGGGCUGCGUGCGGGUGCUGGCGGUCGUCUCCAUCUUCGGCAAUGGCGAGAGCACAACCGCCGAGAUCCAUGCCAAUCUGCAAGAACGGAUGCCAAGUCUCGGGGCGGACCACUGGCCGCUUCUGCGUGGGCCUGAUCGGAGCUACCGCGCAGUUCGCUCGGCAAGGCCGCGUCUUCCAAAUGGCCACCGCGCCCUCACCAACCGGCAAGAUGCCGAACGAUUGGCGGCGAUUGCCGCACUGAUCAACGCUGCCGGUCACCCUGUUGUGGUGGUUGAAUUGGGGCCGAUGACAGUUUCGGCGCGGCUGCUGGCGGAAGGCCACGUUGCCGCCGACCGCAUUGCGCGGGUGUUGGCCAUUGGCGGUCGGAUUGACGGCGAGCGGUUUGGGCAGACAAAGGGCCUUCUCGGGCGCUUUGGCAGCUUCACCGAUUUCAAUGUCCGCAAGGAUACAAUGGCCGCCGACUAUCUGGUGCGGCACGUCCCUGAGAAGCUGAUCCUGUACACCUAUCGCAACGGUGUUGGCGCACGCAUGGUGUCAGCCGCCAUGGUAAGCGAGGCGAUCCCGGCACUCACCCAUCAUGCCGAGGCGCGCCAACGCUGGCUGCGGCGAAUGCUUGGCUAUGCCGGCAUUCCUUCGUGGGAUACGUGGACAACCAGCUACUUCAUAGCCGGGCGGAUGGAUGAUCUGGGGUGCGGCUGGACCCGCGCCCGGCUGCGCAGUGAAGCGGGUGUGCGCUGGCCGCGACUUUGGCUCACUCCGUCUCCUCAGAACCCGGUCGCGGUGCUGGCCUGUCAUCCGGCACUGGUGGACGGCGGGCCGGUGCUCGCACCUCCAUGA